UAGCGGACGUGAUGUAAGCACAUGGGCGGGGUUUCUGCUCCCACCGGAAGUCAGUCGGGCGAAAUCCAUCUGUUUAGCUAGAAGAGUAAUGGAACAAAUACAGUGAUUCAUUUACCCGGUCGCGUUUGUAAGCCAUGGCUCAGACUGAGAAGAAAGCAGGUCUUCUGAGGAGAACAUCCUCUUCGAAGAAGCCUCUGAAGGAGAAGGUGGUGCUGAUGUACGAUGAGAUAUUCGCAAAGGAAGACCCUACUAAGAGCAAUCCUCGCUUCUGGGACGAGCUGUUUCUGAUGAAGGUCAAUCUGGAGUAUCUGGAGGGGAAGCUGGAGUCUCUGGACGGGGAUGAAGUCAUGAAAAUCAAAGACAACAUCAACAGUUUGUUCCAUCACUGCGUUCAAGCUCUGGGUGAAGAGCACCAGAUCAAAGUAGUCAAUGCGCUUCAGACUCUUUGUGCGCUGUUUAGAGGAGUUCACCAGAAGAACAAAUCCGCCACGGGCUUUGACAUCAUCAACAUGCUGAUGGGCUUCGACAAAGCUGAGCUCCGAAUGAAGGAGCUAAUGGAGAGCCUGGACAGUCUGCUGUGCGGUGACGGGUCAGAGAGUCUGAAGAGUUUAUGUCUGAAACUACUGCUGUGUCUGGUCACUGUGACAGAUAAUAUUAGUCAGAACACCAUACUGGAGUAUGUGAUGAUCAACAGUAUAUUUGAGGCCAUUCUUCAGAUUCUGUCUGAUGUUUCCAGUCGAGCGCAGCACGGAUAUGAUGCUGUGGUACUUUUAGCUCUGCUGGUCAACUACAGGAAGUAUGAGUCUGUGAAUCCUUAUAUUGUGAAGCUGUCAAUAGUGGACGACGAGCCGACCCUGGAUGGCAUGGGAAUGGUCAUCCACCACGCACUUGCAGAGUACAAUAGACAGUAUAGAGACAAAGAAGAAGAAAACCAGGGAGGCUUUUUCUCCACCCUUACCAGCAUGGUGGGCAGUAUGUUUAUUGCUGACGCAGAUCAGAAGUUGUCAAUACAGACUAAUGAAGCCAUUCUGCUCGCUCUCUAUGAGGCCGUACAUCUCAACAGAAACUUCAUCACGGUUCUUGCACAGAGCCAUCCGGAGAUUGAUAUUGCAACAACCCCGGCUGUGCCCGUCCCAGCCUCUCCUACGACCCCGCUGGGCACCACACCGCCCUCUCUGGACAUGAUGAAUAAUCCUGAGCUUCCUCUGGACCCAAACUUGCAGACAAGUAAUCUUCUUAUAACCUUCCUCAAAUAUUCCUCCAUCGUAAUGCAGGACACCAAAGAUGAACACAGACUCAACAGUGCCAGGCUGUGCCUCAUCAUUCUGACCUGCAUAGCCGAGGACCAGUACGCCGACGCCUUUCUCCACGAUGAUAACAUGAACUUCAGGGUCAACUUGCACAGAAUGCCCAUGAGGCAUCGAAAGAAAGCCGCGGAUAAGAGCAUCCCCUCCCGGCCUUUAGUUUGUGCCGUUCUGGAUCUGAUGGUGGAGUUCGUUGUUACUCAUAUGAUGAAGGAGUUUCCUAUGGAUCUCUAUGUGCGCUGCGUUCAGAUAAUUCACAAACUGAUCUGCUACCAGAAGAAGUGUAGAGUUAGGAUGCACUACACAUGGAGAGACCUCUGGUCAGCUCUCAUUAACCUUCUGAAGUUCCUGCUGUCUAAUGAGACCAUCCUUCUGGCGAAGCACAAUAUCUUCCAGCUGGCUCUUCAGGUGGUGAACCUCUUUAACAUGUUCAUCACGUAUGGAGACACGUUUCUGCCCACGCCCAGCAGUUACGACGAACUCUAUUAUGAGAUUAUACGCAUGCAUCAGGUGUUUGAUAACCUCUACUGCAUGGUGCUGCGAGUCUCGACCAAUGCAGGCCAGUGGAAGGAGCCUGCUAGUAAAGUUACUCACGCUCUCGUCAACGUCAGAGCCAUUAUUAACCACUUCAACCCUAAGAUUGAGUCGUACGCCGCUGUGAACCACAUCUCACAGCUCUCAGAAGAUCAGGUGCUGGAGGUGGUGCGCUCAAACUACGACACGCUAACCUUGAAGCUGCAGGAUGGUCUGGAUCAGUUUGAGCGUUACUCUGAACAGCCCAGAGAGGCCGGCUUUUUCAAGGAGCUGGUUCGCUCCAUCAGUCUGAAUGUGAGGAAGAACGUGUCUCUGAGUACCAUGAGUCAGGACGUCCUGCUGAAGGAGUUCUCCUCAAUAUCCUGAGACAACUGGACCUUUGACCUUCAUACGGACACAUCCAUCGCCCCACAUCUGAGGCUUCUCGUAGUUACACCAGAGUAUCCAGAACCGGACAGAACUGGAUUUGAGGCUGUAUUACUGAUGUAGUGUGUGAGUUUGGUCGCACUCAGAACUGACUUGUAUUGGCUUAACAAAGCAAUCAGCCCAACUUUGCACAAUGUGAAUUUUGAUUCUGACAACUUGGUAUUUUUGGUUUUUGAUUAUUAUUUCUUCUCCUUUUAUUGGUGGCCCAGUGCUGUUUCUGUUGAUUCUACUGCAUAUUCUUCAUUGCCUUAGCACCAAACCGAUUUUCAGUUCUUUUCUACAUUCAGAGUGAAUGGAAAUAAAUUACCCUAUUUUCAUGAGCCUGACAAAGAAAUGUCUGGGUCAUAAAUCAUCAUGUAUUCGAAAGAAAAUCAUAAUUUGCAUUAAUAAAAUUAAGCCAUUAAGAUUUGCAUUCUGACAUAUUUUCAUAUUUUCUCCAAAUUCUCAUUAUUGUAAUGCAAAAAAAGAAAAGAUUAUCAUUACCGUAAUGCACCAAAAAUCUCAUUACCAUGAUACACUAAUAAUCAUUUUUACAUCUUUUUUUUUUUUUUUUACUUCAAAAAUUCAGUUUAACACAUACUACUAUAAUGCAUACUUACAAUUUUAAAUAUUUUGAAUAUAUUACGGUAAUGAGAAAUUGUGAAAUUUGCUUAAUUGUCCUCUCAUUACAAUGCGCAAAAAUUUCAUUCUCAUUACUGUGAUACAGUAAUAUUCUGUCCUUUUUUAUUAAAAACAGCAUUUACAUACCAUUAUUUACAGUUUUGAAUUAUAUACAUUUUUAUAAUGAUAAUUUGGGUGUAAAAUUAUAUCACAAUGCAAACAAAUAUUAAUAUUCCUAAAACCGGUUUCAUUUUCGUGACGUUUCAGCACAUUUCCUCUCAGAUUCUUAUCAGAAUGUUUAAAAAUCUAAUUCUCAUACCAUAAUACAAUAAGAAUUAUUAUCCUGUCCUUUUUUAUUAAAAACAUAAUUUCAGUGUAACACAUAAAGCCAUAAUGCAUGAUUACAAUUGUACUUUGGAAUUUUCUUGAGGAGAGAAUUACAUUUUCUUGUCACAUUAAUAAAUCGAUAGGCUUCAUUUUUAAGCAAAAUAUAAUUUCUUAUUCCUUCAGCUUUUUAAAAUGUGACCUGGACAUUUCAUGUCAGUUUUUCAUGAGAUUCACCCUCGAGUAUAAGUGCAUUAAUUUUUAAAAAAUCUGACAGUCUCUUAAUUCUCUUCACUCUCAGUAUAUUCCAGUAUUGCAAGAUGUUUCAGUAUGGUAUCAUGAAAAGAUAUGAAGUUGCAGUGUAAAAGCAGCUGUAUGUUGAGUUUUAUAACACUGGGUAAAGAAAGAAACAAAUGUAUUAACUUGAAACUCCACUGAAAGCUAGUUCUAGAAAAUUUAGAACAUUAUAGAAUCCAAACCAGUUCUAUUACUAAUUAGUCUAAUUUAAACCAACACGUGGAGGAUAACUGAAUAAAACAAACACAUUUAAAAGAAAUUCUUUGUAAAUUCUUCCUGGGUUUGGUCCUAAAUGAGUAUUUGGCUUCCUUUGCCUUAGUGUUCUUAUUUAUGGGUGUUUGUUUCCUUAUUAAAUCUUAUUUUGUACAACAUACACAA